AGAGAGAUAGGAAGAGAGACAGAGGAAGAGAGAGAGCGAGAACGAGAGAGAGAGAGAGAGAGAGACAUAGAGAACAGGGAGUCUAGCUCCAUCACAGACGGACGGUGUGGUGUGAUACUGGGAUACUGUCAGAGGGCAGAGAGCUGGUUGCCUCAGGUUCCAGCUAACUGGGUUCUCUCGGAACAACAGCUGAUGGGAUGUGCUGUGCUGGACUGCAUUCAUCACGCCUGGGGCUGAAGUCCCCCCACUCUACCUGGGAUGGGCUUGCCUUGUCCAAGUUUCAACUAGCAUUCGCUGACGUGACAUACUCACAUACACACGUGUGUUUGUGUGUGCAAACACACUAACACAAUCUCUCAGACACAGGAAGAAAUAUGGUUCCAUUGUGACUUGUGCUGCUGGAUGAACACUGGAUGGAUAGAAUAGCGAAAACAUUGAGAAGAGACUGACGCACCACGGCACACUGUCCGAGACACACAAAAGCCCACUGAAGCCUGCACUGAGGAAUUAUCUGCUGUCAGGACCUGAGGCUGCACGGGGGCGAUAGGGAGAGACGGAGCCAGGGAGCCAGGCUCGGGCCACCACAGGGUGACGGUGCCGCUGUGCCAGAGAGGAGGGGACUCGCAACUCGGCGAUGGCGUCCUCCACCAUGCAGAUCCUCGCCUUUGCCCUGGCGCUGCUGGGCGUCCUGGGCGCCACCGUGGCCACGCUGCUGCCCAACUGGAAGGUGAGUGCCGACGUGGGCUCCAACAUCAUGACUGCCAUCUCCCAGAUGCAGGGGCUGUGGAUGGACUGCACCUGGUACAGCACCGGCGUGUUCAGCUGCACCUUGAAGUACUCCGUGCUGUCGCUGCCCGCCUACCUGCAGACCGCCAGGACGACAAUGGUUCUGUCGUGCAUGAUGGGUUGCCUGGGCCUCUGUCUUGCCGCCCUAGGGCUGAAGUGCACCCGCUGGGGGGGCAGUCACCGGGCAAAGGGGCACGCGGCCAUUGCCGCGGGGGGUUGCUUAAUCCUGGCUGGCAUUCUCUGCUUGGUGCCCGCUUCCUGGUUCACCAACGAGGUCAUCACCACCUUCCUGGACUCCAACGUGCCCGAGAGCAGUAAAUACGAGCCUGGGGGGGCCGUGUACGUGACCUUUGUCUCUGCCGGCUUCCUGCUUGCCGGUGGGGUCAUAUUUUGUUUGUCCUGUCCCGGAAAAAGAGACUACACCUCGACCUCCACCUCUACCACCUUUCCUGACAAACUACUGCAGCAGCAGAUAAACCAAGAGCAACUACAGCGCGACCUGAUACAGUGUGACCUGAUGCAGCGCGAUCAACAGCAACGGGAGCAGAAGGACUUUAAACAGCAGACGUCGCCUAAUGAGCAGUCGAGCCAUGAGCAGCUACAGUGGGUUGACAAAGGGUCCCAGGGUAAGGUCCAAGCAGCUGACGACAUCCAGCAGGAGAAGCCUCUACAUGAAGACAAGGGAACGCAGCAGUUCUACUCUCCAUCCAGAGUCCCUCCAAAAGACACCCGGGCUGGUUACAGCCUGCAGGACUAUGUUUAAUAUGUUUUAUCCUUAAACCCUACUCUUGUUAGUGGGGUGGGGGGAGAAUCCUGAGGACAUUCUACUGGCUGCCUUGUGAAGGGGAGAGAGUGGAGA